UUCGACAUCUAGAAAAAUUUGAGCGAGAGUCCAUAGAUGGCGUUAAUGUACGCGAUUGACGAAUCUCGGAUGUGAAUUCAGAAUUGUAUACUGUGUUUUAUUAAACAGCUGGUUAUCGAUGUGUUUGUCACAAUACAAGUCAGAAUGUAAUUGUUUUUAAAUUUGUUGAACCAAGUUUUAAUGUUUAACACAUUCAUUUAUGACCUUCUGCAGCACCUUGAGACAAUUUUACAAAAUUAUUUGAAGACACCGUGGCUUCGUAUCUAAAUAUUUCGCGAGUGAUAAUUUUGUUUGACAAGAUAGUGAAACGAAAUGACAUUGACAUUUUAAUCAGUGACUUAUGGGCGCGGGAAAUUUGAGCAGUUUUUAUAGAUAUUUGGAUGUGAAAUGCCGUGUUGUAUCUCAUAAUAUUUAAGUUCCCGCGAUAGAAGUUGUGUUUGUGAUGUGGAGUGAAAGUAGUUUAAAUGUAUCGACUAGUUGACAUUGUAGUGUGUCAAUACAUGCAUAUGCCCUCGUAUCAUUGGCAAAACACCAUUUAUGUGAAGAAUUUACCGUCUACUUCCGCAUGUGUUUAAUUCGUGUUGAUAAAUAAUCAAUUUACAAAGAUUCACAAUGGGGUUUACUAUGACCGAGGGAGGUUUCGGCGUGGGUGAUUAUGUCGCCUUUGGUGUGCUUUGUGCCUUCUCCUGUGCCGGCGGACUCUGGUACAGCGCUAUUGGCUCACGAUCGAAGGCAAUUGUUGAUCUCAAGGACUAUCUUCUUGGAGGCAGAUCUAUGUCCACGUUUCCAGUGGCUAUGUCGCUUAUAGCUAGUUACGUGUCAGGAGUCACUAUUUUGGGUACUCCAGCAGAGACAUACAACUACGGCACCCAGUAUUGGCUCGUGAUUGUCGGUGUAUGCCUCAGCUGCUUGGUUGUUGCUACUGUGUAUCUGCCAGUGUUCUGCACUUUGAGGCUAUCGUCCUCAUAUGAGUAUCUCCAGUUGCGUUUUAACCGACAUGUGCGAGCCGUUGCAUCUAUAUUGUUUCUUUUGGACGAAGUGCUGUUCCUACCGAUGGUGAUAUAUGUCCCAGCUUUGGCAUUUAACCAAUUGACAGGUUUCAAUGUUUUCGCUGUUGGCGGUGCGAUGGUAUUAAUAUGCGGCCUUUAUACUGCACUAGGAGGUCUCCGCGCGGUAGUAUGGACGGAUUCCGUACAAACUGGGAUAAUGUUCAUCGGCAUAGUUCUGAUGGCCACAGCCGGUACGCUGGCGGUGGGGGGUAUAGCUACUGUCCUUGAUACAGCUGAUGUGUCUGGGAGACUGCGUUUAUCCAAUUGGAGUUUCUCCCCAUACGAGCGCCAGACGGGCUGGGGCGCGAUCGUUGGCGGCUUCUUGUACUGGACUUGCUUCAAUUCCGUGAACCAAACGAUGGUGCAGCGAUAUAUCUCGCUGCCCACCAAGAGGAAGGCGAUUACCGCGUUAGGAAUAUUCUGCAUUGGGGCAAUGUUCGCCAUCAGCCUCUGUGUAUGGUGUGGCUUAGCGGCUUGGACCGCGUGGGUGCAAGGGGGCUGUGACCCCCGGGGUUCACCCUUAGUGGAAGACAGACUUCUACCAGCCUUUGUGACGUUCGUCUCGAAGUCGCAGAGGCUGCCGGGGUUGGCAGGGGUUUUCUUGGCUGGAGUGUUCGGAGCUGGGUUGAGCUCGCUGUCCGCGGUGCUGAACGCGUGCGCGCUGGUGGUGGUGGAGGACCUGAUGCACGGCUGGCUGAAGGUGCGCUUCCGGCCGCUGGUGGAGGGCGUGCUGGCGCGCUCCGUCACCGCUGUGCUGGCCGUCGUGUCCGUGCUCAUGCUGGUCGUCAUCGAGAAGCUGGGCGGCGUGCUGGGUGUGGCGACCGCGCUGUCGGCGAUAGCGGCGAGCGCGACGUGCGGCAUCUUCACGCUGGGCAUGUGCUGCUGGUGGGUCGGCCCGCGCGGCGCGCUCGCGGGCGGCAUCGCCGGCGCGCUGCUCGCCGGUGUGACGUCCCUGGGCACGCAGGCGGCGGCGGCAGCGGGGCUGCGCGCGCCGCCGCUACAGUUCGACGCGGCCUGCGCUAAAAACGCGUCUUUUACUAUGGAAAAUAUGGCUAUCGAUCCGGAAACGAUUUUCCCACUAUUCCGGAUAUCCUACCACUGGAUAGCUCCCCUCGGCCUCCUGGCCACUGUCACAGUGGGCGCCAUUGUGGGCUGGUUCUGUGACAAGAGGGAUGACACCAAGAUGGAUGCCGAGCUGUUCACCCCAGUGCUGUGGAGGUGGCUCCCACCAGAAUGUAUCGAGAAAGCGGGGGAAAUACGAAGGAAGUUGGCGGUGAAGGAGAUCGACUCACCGGCUCCUUCUUCACCCCUUAUCCUGGGGAGAAUGGUUAAUAAGGUUGAAAGACCAGCUGAGAGAAGAUGAAGGUUUUUAAAAUAUAUUUAUAUAAGAGGUUGACUUGUGAUUAUAUUGUUGAGUUUGUUGUAUGUAAUUUGCUUAGAAUGUCUUAUAAUUUAAUGUAUGUAUGACUUGUGUUAAAAUUUUUGCCAUUUUUAAUGAAUUUUCAUUAUGAAAUGGUCUAUAUAUCGAUUUAUAAUGCGAGCUCAUUUAAAUAAUCAAUUAUUACUGUUUCAUAGUGUUCAUUAUUAAAUUGAAUUGAGAUUUUAUUCUCAACCAUAAUUUUAAAACAAAUUCAUUCAUUUAAAAAGUAUUAACUAUUAUAUACAAUACAUUAAUCGUUACAUAUCUGGAUAUUUAAAAAGACAAAUUUGUAAUUAGCUGCCGCUUGCAUUAAGAAAUGUUUAAAUUAAAAUUUUAAUUAGGUAGUAAAUAAGUAUGUUAUUAUUUGUUAUAAAUUCGCCUUAAGUUUGACUGUAUGUUCUAGUUUAAUUGAUCAGUUUAUUAUUGUAGAUUAUUAGUAGAAAAGUAGAAAAAUGUGUAUUAAUAUGAGUAAAUUUUUAAAGAAAUUUGUAUGUAUGUAUGUAUGUGAGUGCUUGAUACUGCGGUGAGUCCUUUUGAGACAUUUAAUAAUUGAAAUAUCAAAGCCAUUCAGUGAUACAUCAGUUUAGUAUUGUUUUCAUAUUAGCAGUCCAAUAUAUAUUUAUAAUGAAGUUGUAGAAAGUGGACCAAUUAGGUUUUUUUUUCAAAUCAAUGAUUGCACUAUACGUUAUAAAAAAUAUUAAGUAGCAUAUAAAAAUGUGAUAAAUUCUCGAAUGAGUUAAGAAAUAUGUAUAUUAUGUAAUGUAUUACUGUACAUGCUAAUAAUUAUCUAGUUUAAUUAUAUACAUGAGCAGUUGGUUAAAUUUCAAUUAAAAUAGAAAAUGAUACAUAUCUAUACAUAUAAUAAGACAGUAACCAGACAAUUUCUGUAUAUUAAAUAUUUUAAAUGUAAUUGCUAUGCAAUGUGGAUGUUUUGUACCCAAACAAUGGUUAUAUUCAUUCUGUUUGUCUGUUUGUGCGUCGAUGACGUGAAAAGCAAUUGACAGAUUUUGGACAAAAUGACGUAUUAUGGUUAUAGACCAUGGUGGGAACAUUUCUUUCAACUCACAGGCUAUUUUUUUUUUUGAAAAAACAAUUAGGGUGACUGUACAUGUCACUCACACACAUGUAAGUAUCUGAAGUCUUUAAAAAAUGUCACUGUGUUCUCUAAACCCCACGUAAUAAAAAAAAUCUCUGUUCCUCGCGAGCGAAGCCGCGGGCGGAACUCUUGUUUACACUAUAACUUAAACCACGUGUGCCUUAACGUAACAGUAUUUAAUAGUACUUAAUAGUUAAUUUUUAACAUAUAAAUAUGUAUGAACUAAAGUGGUAUUCAUAUAUAUACGUAGAUUGUAAAAGUUUCUUAUGGUGCUCUUACUUAUAUGCUAGGUUAUGAUCGAAGCAUUCGUUUCUUGCUUAUAUUCAAAUACAGAAGGUGCUCUAAGGACCUCAACAAAUAAAUAAAUAAAUGAAAUGACAAUAAAAUAUACAUUUCUAAAAUGUAUCACACGCCACACAUACUGUUUACAUAUAUAAUGUUGUUUAAUUUAACAGGUUUAUAUUUUGUUAAAUAUGCCAUUUUACAUUAUUUUUCAGAAUGAUAAUGCAUUUGUAUUGAAAACGUGCCAAAUGUGUGAAGUCAAAAUAGUUUGUUAAGCGGCGGGAGUUAUUUUCUAAAUUAUAUUAUUCGAUGCUAUUACGAACGUUUAAAUUAUUGGGUAUUUUUCCAGCUACCUCCAUAAAAAUUUUACAAGCAAAUGAAGGUACCUGUGAAUGUGUGAAAAAUAUGAGUGUCAUCGAAAUUUUGAAUUUGGAAGGACCAUAAGUAUUACUGUACUUUUAUACAAGUUAUGACAAUCUCGUUUUGUUAAUAAAUAUAUACGCAGAAAA